GGCGGAAGUAGGGUACCGGAGAAUUGGACGCUCAGCGUUGUAUAAUCGCAGAUGACUCCCCCGAAGUAACUGUAACAUGUCUCAGGAUAAUCCCGGCUCAGAGGAAUUUGUCACAAUCCGUGUGCAGGAUCCCAGACUCCAGAAUGAAGGAUCAUGGACCUCGUAUGUGGACUAUAAAAUCUUCCUCCAUACUAACAGUAAGGCUUUCACAGCUAAGACGUCGUGUGUGAGGAGACGUUACAGGGAGUUUGAUUGGCUGAGGAAGCGACUGCAGAAGAAUUCGGGUUUAGUGCCGGUCCCAGCGCUGCCUGGAAAACUUCCCUUCCUCGUGGGGAACAAUGAGGAUUUUAUAGAGAGAAGGCGACAAGGUCUGCAGCAGUUUCUGGAGCAGAUUGUCCAGAACAUGGUGCUGCUGUCAGACAGUCGAUUACAUCUGUUUGUUCAGAGUCAGUUGCCCCUGGCAGAGAUCGAGGCCUGUGUGCUGGGCCACUGCUCUUACUCGGCUACUGAAGCCAUUCUCAACUACGCUUUAUCCAACCGAGGCUGGACCCAAGAGGAGACCCCAGGCAGCUAGCGGAGUCUUUGGGCUCAGGGACACUUUGCACUUUACUCCAUGGGACUCCGAGUAAUAAAUAUAAAUAUAUAGAGGCUGAAUAGACUGGCCAUUCCGUCAGUAUUUGCCUGUACAUAUUGGGAGCUGCUCGUUCUGGAAGGACUUGAAUUACGUCUGUGUUUAAUGUAUAAUAAGAACUGGCGCUUUAUCUGUAGUGCAAUUUCUGUUAAAGGGACAGGCCACUUAGUUACAAGUUUCUUACGACUGUGAAAGAAGAUGCAACAUGAUUCCACUGUCUGCAAAACAGCUCAAUGGCAGAGACACGCGCUCUAGUGAUGGGCGGGCCGACCCCAUACCUGCGGGUCGGGUGGGUUGGGGUCGACCUUGCGCUGCUCUUUGCGGGUGCAGGUUGAGCUCUUCUCCUGCUCUCCCCGCCCGCCACCUUCCAACUUUAUAGCCACGCACCUGCUCGCCCCGCCCCUUUUGUGACAUCAUCGGCAGCGCGGGUCUAUAAAGGGAUCCCGGAAGUGCGGGUGAGCAUGGGUUGAAAGAGGGCGGGUUGGGGUCGGGAAACCACGACCGCAUAUCACUAACGCUGCGAUUCUGGGAGAUUAGUCACCCAGCGACAAAUCUCUUCUUCUUCGGGCGACUAAUCUCCCCAAACUGCCUCCCCAGGGUGCCAUCCCGCCGGCAAUUUAUAUUCUAGCCGUAGGGAAGGCAGUUUGGGGAGUUUAGUCGCCCGAAGAAGAGGAGAUUUGACGCCGGGUGACUAAUCUCCCCUAAUCUCCACGUGUGUCUCUGCCCUAAACCUCUGAGGAUUAAUAUUAUUCUGUAUGUUACGGACUCAAUAAAUGUUCUAUUUUAGUUAA